UCCUACAUGUAUCAUCAACGCCAAAAGUCAUCUUCAUCAGCUCGGUCUGAUCUUUCGAAUCGCUCUUUCCUCUCUGCAUCAUCUUCUGCUAAUCCCGGGGCGAUCGCUUCUCUCCCUUCUCCUUCCGUUUACGGAAAUCUGCUAUCUCCUGCCAGCACUCCUCAUAAGCGUAACCGUUUCAAGACACUCUUCUUUACACCUUCUAUCCGAGAUUCUGGCAUCUCGCUCAACACACCAACCUCGGACCCACGAUUUCCUAGUCCCCUUACACCGCCUGGCUUCCCUGUCCCUGGCAUACCGAUUGACGAAGAAGCUUUGGUACAAAGCGAAUUGGAUUUUCUGAUUGACGAACUCGCCGCCAGAUACGAUUACCGCGCCGACAGUCUCGACUAUACUUUAUCGGAUCGCUGUGAUUCGCCAACCUUUGGAGAUUCAUUCGCAACUAUGUCAAAACCUCGGUCGUCAGAUACUCGUGGACAAGAUAUUCACCGCAGCAGGUCUAGGACCAGAGGUUAUGCAUCGCCACUACCAGGUGCAAGCCAUCUCAACUCUCCUGUCGAUCUCUCUGUUCGUGAACUUGCCAUAUCUUGUGGAUCAGGCAAUGCCAGGAAGAAUGAUCCUCGCCCGAGACCUGCUGUCAAUUCAUCUUCGCCUCUCCUUGGUUUGCCGCAAGUCUUUCGCCGCCUUGCCAUCACAGACCCUCACAUCAACGGCCAACCAAUCCGCUUCCUAUCCCAAGACUACGUAGCCGGUGCAAAUAGUCUGCAAGUAGGCAGUUGCACCUUCAUGAACUUGCCGUACGGCGCCGAUGUCGAGUGUGGUCUACGCGUCGAACCCAGCUUCCCUCGAAGUGUCUCCAAGACUCAAACUGUGGUUCUGCAGAUCGUGCAGAGAAUUGUCAGGGUGCGAGAUGGAAGCAGUGUAUGGCUUCUUUGCUCUGAAGUUGAUGUUUCUUCUUCCUUUACGAGAGAAGUCAGAGCAGAGCUAGCAGUUGCUGCUUCUACUUCUUCUUCAAGUACAAGCAAAGGAAAACAAAAGCAGUGGGUCGAGGAAGACGAUAUCUGGUGUUCCUUGGCUCAGCAAUUAGAAACAGACUCUUAUGGACCCAGCACAACUCGUCUGCCCAUUCAGGCCAGCAAGCCUACGAAAACACGAAACAGCAACACUACACCAGCAAUAUCAGAUCUACUAUCUCUGCUUACCGAAGUCCGCUUCUUGCACCGCCAAUUCUUCAUUCUCCAACCCAGAGUCUCCAAGACGGGGAACCUGAGCCUAAGCAUCCCAUACCUAUCCAGCAGCUUACACACAUCGCUACUCUCUCUUCCUUCACCCAAGCUACCACACAAGGACAAGAAGCUAGAAGAUACCCCUCAUGGCCACGACACUUCCAUCUACACCCCAAGCCUCCACCACAGUACACCUCUUUCCAUUUUCAUCGCAACAGCAACUUCACAAGCAAAGGAUUGGCUAGAUUCGUCUACCAACAGCCCCACUACCUUGAGAGAAGUCCUUAGUCUUCCGUCAAUGGGCAGAAACAAGGUCAGUAUGGAACAAGAACAGAUAGGUAUCUAUGGCGUUCGAGCUGCAGAGUCCUGGGGAGAAGGUAGACAAGGCUUGGGUUGUUGGGUUUGUUUCCUGGUGCCUAAGGGUGUUGAAAGGGAACUUUAG